AUGGCAGCGCCCGAAGCUCCUGGCGUAGGGCCUCCGGCACAGGACGAAAGCAUAAUUCGCGAGGGGUCCCGCAUCAUUCUGGACGUGAAUGGUGAUCGCCACGUCUUCGUCGUGGUCAAAGGACGGAACAAGGUGAAGCUUGGGCAAGCCUUCUGCUCCAUCCAGCCCCUCAUUGGGUGCCCCUACGGCUCAACCUUUGGCGUGGCCCCCGAUGGGAAGACGCUGCAGCAGAUCCCACCCGCCGUCGCGGCUGACUGGCUGGAGGAGGCGGCGCUGGAGGUGACAAAGAACAACAGCCAGCUGAUCGACGCAGGGGACGCCAACCAGCAGCUCACCAGUGAGAGGAUCGCGGACCUGCGGUCCCAGGGGGUGCAUGGCUCGGCCAUCGUGGAGGCCCUGGCGGCCCACAGCGCCACCUUUGACGCCAAGACCGAGUUCUCGCAGGCCAAGUACAGGAAGAAGAAGGCCAAGAAGUACGUGAUCACGGCGGUGGCGCGGCGCGCCACCGCCGCCGCCAUCGCGGAGGCCUACUUCCUGCGCCAGCCGGCGCGCAUCGGGCACCUGCGACUGGACGCGCUGGCCCUGCUGCUCAGCCUGGCGGGCCUCUCCGCCCACGCCCGGCCCCUGGUCCUUGAUGCCUGCGGCGGCCUGGUGCUGGGGGCGGCCGCGGAGCGACUGGCCGGCUUCGGCACGGUCACAGGGGUCUACAUGGGCGGCGCACCACCCUCGCGGGAGGCCCUGGCCCAGUUCGACGCGGGCCGGGUACAGAGCGGCGUGAGGCACGCCAGCCUGGCGUCGCUCCUUCGCCGGCGGCCGUUCAACGCGUGCAUCGUGGCCGCGCCGGGGCUUGACCCCGGCGCGGCGCUGCGGGCCCUGCUGCCGCUCCUGGCCCCCUCCACCCCCUUUGCGGUGUACUCGCCGUGGAUGCAGCCGCUGGCCGAAGCCAUGCACGCCCUGCGCGCUGAGCACGCCGCCGUGGGCCUGGCGCUGCAGGAGUCAUGGUGGCGCGAGCAGCAGGUGCUGCCGAGCAGGACGCACCCCAAGAUGCAGAUGAACCAUGGCGGCGGCUUCGUGCUCAGCGGCACGACGGUCGCCCCGCCGACGCGGAGCGCAGGUGCCACGCUGGCGUGA